CACUCGCUUAUUCCUAUUCCGGCUGGCGGACGGAUCGAUCGUGUGAAUCGUGCCAGGGCAGAAACAGCACGCAACAGGUGUUAGUGGUCAUCUACAGUUGUGCUGUUUGGUAACGAGUGAACGCUGUUUUCCCAGAGUCGACGCAGUCGAGAGUUCGCUGGCUUUCAGCCGCAGUUGUCAAUUGACUCGCGGUGGGGUUUUCCGUGUUCAUUGGCAUUCCUGGCGACAACAAACUAGAACUUAUGUUCGAACUGUUUUUUGUUCGCGAAGUCGCUUAGUAGUGCUCAGUGGGUGAGAAGUGCCUAACAUCGAAUUUAUUUACCCUGGACCAAUUAUGACGAAAGAGAUUAUACUCACCGACAAGGAACUGUUCCCCAGCCACCAAAUUCCAGAAGAUUUCGAUCACAACUACCAGGAACAGUUUCCGGAUCUGCGCCCUCUAAUUCGGCGACAAUUUCGGGGCAUCUGGACUCGCGAAAAUGCACUCCGCAGGUUCCCCGCUCUGCAGUGGGGCCCCCAAUACACGCCGAAACAGUUCCUCUCGGAUGCGAUCGCCGGAAUAACGGUCGGGCUGACCUCCAUCCCACAGAGUAUUGCGUACGCGGUUGUCGCCAAUCUCGAGCCCCAGUAUGGACUGUAUUCGAACUUUAUGGGAUCGUUUGUGUACGCCUUCUUCGGCAGUGUGAAGGACAUAACGAUUGCACCGACCGCCAUUAUGGCGCUUAUGGUACAGCAGAAGGUGCUAGAGCUGGGACCUGCCGGGGCCAUCCUGUCGUCGUUUCUGUCCGGGUGUAUCAUUCUACUGCUGGGGAUGAUCAACUUUGGAUUCGUGGUUCAGUUCAUAUCAAUGCCGGUGAUAACGGGCUUCAUUACGGCCGCGGCGAUGACAAUCAUGAGCAGUCAGGUGAAAUCACUGAUGGGAAUCUCCAGCCCUGGUAAAUCCAGCCAAUUCAUUGAUUCUUGGAGUAACAUUUUCGAGAAUAUUGGACAGACACAACUCUGGGACUCAUUGCUGGGUUUUGGAUCACUAGCGAUCCUGAUCUGUUUCACGCUCAUCAAAGGUCGUGGCACGGGUCGGUGGCGCUCUUUCACCAAGUAUCUAUGUCUUCUCCGGAACGCACUGAUCGUGAUCAGUGGAGGCACUUUGGCAUACAUUUGUGCCACCUAUGACACACAUCCGUUCCGGUUAACGGGAAAAGUUGCAUCCGGGUUCCCCUCGUUGGAACCGCCACCUUUCUCCACCACGAUCAAGGAUGAGUUCUACGAUUUUCCCCGAAUGCUACAAACACUCGGCUCGUCAAUCAUAACAAUUCCGCUGAUUUCGAUUCUGGAGAUCGUUUCGAUUGGCAAGGCCUUCGCGAAAGGAAAACCCGUCGAUGCUACUCAGGAGAUGAUUGCCCUAGGGCUGUGCAACAUCGCCGGUUCGUUCACCUCGUCGAUCCCAACGACGGCUUCAUUCGCCCGAAGUGCCAUCAACAGCAGCAGCGGCGUCAAAACCCCCUUCGGUGGAGUAUUCACCGGCGUGUUGGUACUACUAGCACUAGGACUUCUUACGGAGUACUUUUAUUACAUUCCCAAGGCAACACUAUCGGCGGUGAUCAUUGCCGCCAUGGUGUUCAUGAUCGAGUACCGUGCGGUGGCGGAGAUGUGGCGCAUCAAGCGUAUCGAUAUUAUCCCGUUCCUGGUCACUGUGGUGGCAUGUCUGUUGACGGGGCUAGAGCUCGGAAUUAUGGUCGGAAUCGGAGUUAAUCUGUGCUUCCUACUGUACCUGAUAUCCCGCCCUAGAAUCGAUCAUCGGUUGUUGACGGUGGACUCAACAAGGGCACUUUUCCUACGCCCAACCAACGAUCUUGCCUUCUCAUCGGCGGAGUAUCUACGAGAAAAAAUUAUCAAGAUGGCUGCCAAGCACGAGGCCGAUGUGGUGGUGAUCGAUGGCGAGCUGAUCAAGUAUAUUGAUUCGACAGUGGUGAAGAAUAUGGCCGGCGUGGUAGGGGAUUUGAAGGUCCAGGGAAAGUAUCUUUUGCUUUGGAGGUGGAACCGGGAAGUACAGUAUUCGCUUUAUCGGUACAAGAAGGACCAGUUCCUGCCGCUGUUUAAGGCAGAUGCGAACGAAGAGUUGAUGAUCAAAAACUGGAGAACCGUUUGUUUCGGAGAGGGAUGCGUUUAGGGGAAUGUGUGAUAUGUGAGAUUAAGUAUUCAUCAUGAAUUUUAACUUUUUAUCCAUCAAUUUUAUAUUUAUUAUAAAAGUGUUAGCAACAAUUCAAAGUUUGUUCAUCGAACGAAUAAACAAUUUUCAAUUUUUUAGUG